AUGUGUGGGGAGCUUGAGAAGAAAAAGGUAAGCACCCCGCCAAAUAUUCCUAAGACCCUUGAUAUUAACCCACCUUUUCCUAGCAGGUUGACUAAAGCAAAAAAAGAGGAAUCAGAGAAGGAGAUUUUGGAUACCUUUCAGAAAGUGGAAAUCAACAUUCCUUUACUUGAGGCGAUUAGGCAGUUGCCAAAAUAUGCAAGAUUUUUGAAGGGGUUGUGCACUAACCGGAACAAACUUAAUCUCCAAGACAAAGUAAGGGUAGGUGAGAAUGUGUCAGCAGUCCUUCAAAUAAAGUUACCACAGAAAUGCAAGGAUCCAAGUAUGUUUACGAUACCAUGCAUCAUAGGCCAGAAAAGGAUAAAAAAAGGUAUGCUUGAUUUAGGAGCAUCUAUUAACGUUAUGCCUCUAUCAAUAUUCAAGGCCUUAAACCUAGGACCUCUAAAAGAUACAAAUGUAGUAAUUCAACUAGCUGAUAGGUCAAAUGUUUAUCCUGAGGGUGUAGUUGAAGAUGUUCUAGUGAAAGUUAAUGAGUUUAUCUUUCCUGCUGAUUUUUACAUUGUUGACAUGAAUGACGAUAACUCAGUUAACUCAGUUGUACUCCUUCUGGGUAGACCGUUCAUGAGUACAGCCAGGACCAAGAUAGAUGUGCAUGAAGGUACCUUGUCUGUAGAGUUUGACGGGGAGACAAUUACUUUUAACAUUUUUUAUGAGAUGAAAUACCCGAAGGAUACUGAGUCUGUUAACUAUGUUGCAGUCUCUAAUUCCAUUGUCCAAGAGCACCUUGAGCAGAAUCUUAUGGAGGACAAGCUAGAAUUUGUGCUACAACAGAGUAAGAUGAAUGCAGACGUGGAAAGCGAGGACGAAGAGGAUACUAUAGAAGCAAUUAUGUCACUACACUCACUUCCUGCACUUUCCGACAGGUCAGUAGACUCAUUUUUACCAUUGCCUACUUCUAAUGAGAGAAUUUUAUCUUCUGUGGAACAGGCACCCGAUUUGGAAUUGAAAGAAUUGCCAAAGCACUUGAAGUAUGUUUACCUUGGAGAUCGUAACACUCUGCCGGUCAUCAUUGCAAAUGAUUUGACCGUGCUACUCUGGGUAUUAUCAAAUCACUGUUAUCCAAGAGGACCAGCACAAAAACCACUUUCACUUGCUCGUUUGGCACUUUUGCUUACCGCUGUAUGCCUUUUGGGUUAUGUAAUGCUCGAGGAACAUUUCAAAAAAUGCAUGAUGAGUAUUUUUUCUGAUAUGAUUGAAAACUGCAUUGAAAUAUUCAUGGAUGAUUUCACAAUUUAUGGUGGUUCAUUUGAUCAAUGCCUGCAUCACUUAACAAAAGUUAUACAACGGUGCAUUGAAAUAAAUUUGAUCCUUAACUAUGAAAAAUGUCAUUUUAUGGUGAAAGAGGGUAUUGUUUUGGGCCAUGUUAUUUCAACUUGGGGUAUCGAAGUCGAUAAAGCAAAGGUUGAUUUGACUACUAGCUCGCCUUACCCCACUAAUGUCAAGGAGAUUCAUAGUUUUCUUGGUCAUGCAAGCUUUUAUAGGCGAUUCAUUAAGGACUUCUCACGAAUUGCACAACCAUUGUCCCAACUAUUUCAAAAGGAAGCAACAUUUGAUUUUGAGAAGGCGUGUAAAGUGUCCUUCGAUACAUUGAAGAGCAUGUUGACCAUAGCACCAAUCAUUCAACCUCCAGAUUGGAGCCUGCCGUUCGAACUUAUGUGUGAUGCCAGUCAGUAUGCAGUGGGGGUUGUACUUGGUCAGAGAAGUGGGAAGUGUAGCCAUGUCAUUUAUUAUGCUUCAAAAACGUUGUCACCGGCUCAAUAUAACUACACCACCACCGAUAAGGAGCUUUUAGCGAUCAUUUUUGCUUUUGAGAAAUUUCGAUCAUGUGACAAAUGCCAAAACUUUGGGAGUUUAUCUCACCGGGAUGAAAUGCCCCAGAUAGAAGCCAAGGCUACCCGGACUAACGAUUCACGAGUUGUUGCAGGAUUUCUUAAGUCCCACAUUUUUAGUAGGUUUGGUGUGCCAAGAGCAAUCAUCAGUGACCAAGGUACUCAUUUCUGUAAUCACACCAUUGAAGCACUGAUGCAUAAGUAUGGAGUUCACCAUAGAGUGGGUAUUACCUACCACCCGCAGACUAACAAGCAAGCUGAGGUCUCUAAUCACGAGAUCAAGAUGAUUGAGUAUCGUGCGUUUUGGGCAGUUAAGCAGUGCAAUUUGAACGCGGAUAGAGAUGGCAAGAAAAGGAAGAUCCAACUUCAAAAAUUGGAAGAAAUUCGCUUGGAGGCUUACGACAAUGCCCAACUUUACAAAUAA